GACCAAUCAGCAGUCUUCUUACAUUUGGAAGAACAAUUCGCAUUUCUGCACACCGUCGAGCCCACAGUCGAAGAAAUGGCGAACUUUGUCUCACACGAACUUUGUUUUGCGCUUUUGUUUUUGUCUCUAACAAAAAUAUUUUGCUUCAAACCGGUGAUCAUCGUCCAUGGAAUACUUGAUCGCGCAUCGGAUAUGGAAGAUCUUGCCUCGUUUAUAACUGAGGCCCAUCCUGGAACCAACAUAACGCUCAUAAGCUUGUUUGAGGAAGUGGAUAGUUUCAAGCCUUUGUGGAUGCAAGUGUCAACUAUGAGGGAAAAAAUACGACCUGUGAUGCAAGAGGCUAAAGAUGGAGUGCAUAUCAUCGGUUUCUCGCAAGACAACUUUGUUGGUCUUCCCGAGCACGGUAGAUUCACCAUGGAGCCAGUAAUUUGUAGUUUCUUGAUGAUUCCAGAGAAGCUAGCGAGGCUUACUAGUAAACCUUUGUUCUUCAAUGACCUGAAUAUUCCAGCUGGGCGGAGAUCUUGUGGUCUCACAGUACGUGCAAUCUUGGAGACCAUGGAUGAUCACAAUGUUGAUACUUUUAUUUCACUUUCCAGUCCUCAGAUGGGACAAUAUGGAGGUAUAUUGUUUUACACUCCAUAUUUUCAAAGAACAUUUUCUUUAGCAAAUUAUUGGAAUGAUCCAUAUCAUGAGGACAAAAAUUAUGAGUUUAAUAUAUUCCUACCAGUAGUGAACAACCUUGAUGCUUCAAAGUUCUUCAAUGUAACAGAGUAUGAAAAAUUUAAAGAGAACUUCUUACGAAUCAAGAACUUAGUCCUAAUUGGAGGUCCAGACGAUGGCGUUAUUACUCCAUGGCAGUCCAGCCAUUUUGGAUUUUACAUGGACAACUCAAAUAUGACGGUGGUGGACAUGAAAAAUCAGCAGCCAAGCACAAGUAACUUAUUGUUACCAGAAGAGUAUUCCCAUGUGUAUUCAAGCAUAACUGACAGUUUUGUAGUUACUACUCAUUACUACUCUAUAGAUGUAAAAUGUGAAUGGAUCGUCGCCAGUCUUAGAGGUAAAUCAUACCACGCUUAAAUUAAUAUUAUAGUAAAGCUACAAAUUAUUAUACACAGUAAACCACAGUAAAAUACAUACAAAUUAUGCAUGUCUAAUAAUUAACUUCCAGUGUGUGACUUCUGGACUAUUGACAAACUCACAAUCUGAGGCAAGGUUAUGAGCCAAUAUAGCAAGUGCACAAUGUGUUUCACAGCUACUGGCUGUUACCAUACUAAAACUCUUGAAAAUAUGGGAUCCCAAACUUCACAAUUGUUACAAAAAAAUGUAAGCCAGGGGGCCACGCUUGCCCCAUAGCAUACAUUUCUUUUUAAAAAUUGGCAAGUUUGGGAUCCCAUAUGUUCAAGAGUUUGCAACAGAUUCUAAUGUAACUUUGCACAUUUACUAAAUUCGGUAUGGUAAAUUGAUCUCUGGCGGUUGUUUUUUGUGUAUAAGAAAAAUGCCAAAAAAAUUUACUAUUGCGUGACAUCAGUAAAAGGGUCCAUUCAGUAUUUACCAUACCCAAAUUUGACCAAAAAUCUGGUCAAACCAGGUCAGUGACUUGAUAUCAGAGGACAUCAUGAAAGCCGACAAGGCUUCCAACUGUCUGGUUACCCAUCACCUAAACAUUGAUACCAGAAUCAGAGAUGUUUAGCAUUGCGCAGUGGUUCAACCCUAAACAAAAUGAAUUUGUGCUUGGAAUUCACAAUUUCUUAAUAUUAAAUUCAGCUAGUUUAAGUGUAGCAAAUUUGAAAGUAGAGGCAUACUCGUAGAUGUACAUGUAGAUGUUAUAAAAAAAAUGUAGAAAAUAUGUAGAAAACAUAUGCCAUAUCAUUGUAUUUUUCUUGUUCUUUUUGUACUUGUAACAGAAAAAAAUAAAAACGGUUUCUCUA